GUUUCAAAGGGACACGUCGUCAUGUUGCUGCUCCGCGUGGAAAAUAGGCCGUCCGCGCAUGCGCCAGUUCAUUCUGCCACUUGUCAGGGAAAGCCGAGACCGUUCACCUGAUUCGCGGCGCGCGCCUCUUCACUGCCUGCUCCUUUUGCACAGAUUUAUCUCAGGGACUUCGCAAGAAGACAAACGCACGCUCAAAAUGUCUGGAAAAUCAAAAGCCUUCACGAAGGAGGAGGAGCUUCUGCUCCAGGACUUCUCGAGGAACGUCUCCACCAAGUCAUCUGCCCUCUUCUACGGCAAUGCCCUCAUCGUCUCGGCGAUUCCCAUCUGGCUCUUCUGGAGGAUCCACCUGAUCGAUGUCUACUCCAACCUGAUUUCCUUUGUCUUGGUGACCCUGGUCAGCACGUAUGCACUUGCAUUUGCGUAUAAGAACACAAAAUAUGUUUUGAAGCAUAAGAUUGCUGUUAAGAGGGAGGACGCCGUCACCAGGGAGAUGAGCCGCAAGCUUGCUGAGGACAAGAAAAUGAGCCGCAAGGAGAAGGAUGAGAGAAUCCUCUGGAAGAAGAACGAGGUUGCCGACUACGAAGCCACCACUUUCUCGAUUUUCUACAACAACGCUCUAUUCUUGGCGUUCGUCAUUAUUUGCUCGUUUUACAUUCUGAAAACAAUGACGCCAGCAGUAAACUACGUAUUCUCCGUCGGCACGGCGAGCGCCCUGUUGGCCCUCCUCUCCACGGGAUCGCAAUAAUCAUCGACCUUAGUAAUUUGCCACUCAUUCCUAAUUGCAACAAAUUUUGUUAUAACUUAUUCCAUGAUGAGACUUCGCUCGUUCAAAUUUUUUAUUAUCGAGCAACUUUUUUAUACGAGAGAGAUAGAGAGAGAGAGAGAGUGUAACUAUAGGUGAAAAUAAUACAAACUUAUUUAUAGUUAAAUUACAAAAAAUUGUAAAAAGU